UAUUGGGAGAGUUGCUUGAACAUUGACUGUUGCCCCUCCCCAUUUUUUUUUACUGUACUUGGACAAGAAGAGUUGUGAGGCCCAAGACUGGUCAUCAAGGGAGGUUCAUGCGGUUGCAUAAGAACAGCCUCACCCCAAAUUCUUAGAUUAGCCAGUUUGUCGAGAAUAAAAUGUUUAUUGCUUGUGGAAUCUUCUGCCCGUGCAGAAUGAAUCAGGCCAGGGGCUGAAUGCUCUGCAGCGGUUUUUAAAAGCUAUAGCUGUGGGAAUGUUGACCUCCUGCUGUUCCUAUGGACAUUAAGGUGAGGUGCCCAGGCCCUGUGACAGCCACAGUGGGAAGAUCCAUGGAGGCACAGAGUUCGGCAGCUGGAUGGGAUGAGGUGGUCCUGCAGUGGCCCAGCUGGGCCCAGCAGAUUGCUGACCACCCAAGAUGCCUUGUCUGUGAGCCCCGGAAUGCCCACCCGGGAGACCUUCUGCUGGCACAAAACGGAAAAGGUAGUUUUUGUGCGGAAAUACCUUAGCUUGGAUUCCGGUGCCUCGGCAACAGGCUGUCGAUGAGACGGAGGCUCCAUUGCUGUUGCCAUGGCGAGCAAGACUUGGGAGGAGCCCCUGGUGUGGCCCCGUAGAGCCCGCAGCUGGAAAGUUGCUGCUUCUGAAAGUGGAGUCCUUUCCCAAUGGGCAAGGUGGGGGUCAGCGCCUCUCGGAGAGAGCCAAGGGUGGGGCUGGAGGGGGCCAGAGAAGGGUUGCUUGCAAGUGGGCCUGGGGGUGUUGGAUCCAGCUGUUCUUCAGUUGCUUGGCCUUAUCCUUGAGAGAUUCCUGCAGCGCCAGGCUGGAUGCACUGCCUGUCCUCCUGGGAGCUCAGCGUCUGGCGGUGGGCUCCCCAGAUUUGCACAGAAUCCACUUUGCCCCUUUGGCUGGUUUUGUGGCCAGGCCAAGGGAGUUCUCUGGGGGCCACAGAGACUUUUGGAUCUGCCUCACAUUUUUCCUGAGUGCCAAGUCAGCGGUUGCUCCUGUAAGGGCUCGGGGGCAGAUCUCCCCUUCCAGGUCUCUGGAGCCCUGCCUGAGCUGGGGGCUUCUCCCUGAGCCUGGGGAGGGGAAUGGCACCUGCAAACUCAUGCCUCCCUCCUCAGAGGCCCUGAUUCUUUUCUCUUCAACCCUGGGAGGAAAUUCUUCUCCAAGUCACACAGGCUGCUUUUCUGAAACGUGGAGGACUCUAAAUCUGAACCAAAGGCACAAAAGGGGUGAGCAGGAAGGAUGCAGCUGGAGGACUGCACCUUGCAAGUGUUGCCUUCUGGACACUAUUUGGACCUUGAACUUUCGCUGCUGGAGCAGAAAGAUGAGCUGGAAGGGUUCUAUGAAGAUAUCAGCAAAGGGAGGCGGCCGAUCCUGCUUCUGCGCACACAGCUCUCAGUUCGAGUGCACGCCAUCAUUGAGAAGCUGUACCGUUCCAAGGGUCCCGAGCUGAGGCGUUCUCUCUUCUCCCUCAAGCAGCUCUUCCAGGACGAUAAGGAUCUGGUGCCCGAGUUUGUGAACUCCGAAGGGCUGACAUGUCUCAUCACAGUGGGAGCUGAGGCGGACCAGAACUACCAGAACUACAUCCUGCGGGCUCUCAGCCAGAUCAUGCUCUUUGUGGACGGAAUGAUGGGGGUGAUCCAGCACCCGGAGGCUGUGCAGUGGCUCUACACCCUGACGGGCAGCUUGUACCGCCUCGUGGUGAAGACAGCCUUGAAGCUGCUCCUGGUCUUUGUGGAGUUCACGGAAUCCAACGCCCAGUUGCUGAUCCAGGCCGUUGUGACUGUGGAGCAGGCCAGAGGUGGGUUUCCGUGGUCUCGCCUCAUGGCCAUCCUGGAGCAGAAGAACGGGGCUGAUACGGAGCUCCAGGUGUUUGCAAUGACACUCAUCAACAAGACGUUGGCUGCCCUCCCUGACCAGGACUCCUUCUACGACGUGACAGAUUGCCUGGAGCAGCAGGGCAUGGAGCGGCUCAUCCAGCUGCACCUGGCCAGCAAGGGCACGGACCUGGACCUGAAGCAGCAGCUCACUGUCUAUGAGAAUGCCCUCAAGGAGGAGGAUGGGGUGGAGGAACCUCUGCCGGGCACCCGUGCCAAGGAGCGGAGGAAAGGGGACGAGGGCCGGCAGGGCGCCCGGCGCUCCUUCGUCUGUGCUGUGGCCCAGGAGGAGAGGGGAGGCACUCCUGCUGCAGAGGCUUUUCCCAGCCCUCCACAGGCUCUGGGGCCGGAGGACGCAAGCCGUGAGCAGCCGCCCAGCUCGAAGGGCACCUACAGCAGUGCCUCCCACGUGCAGCUCUCUGUGCCGCUGGCCCCUAUGGAAGGAGAGCAGCCGGCUGGCCUGGGUGAGAGGAGUGUCUUCAAACUUCGCGAAACUGCCUCUGCUUGGCGAGAGGAAGCCCCCCCGGUAUGUGGGGACAGGCCCAUUCUGAGGCGCUUUGAAGCCCGCUUCCUAGAAAACCUGGCUGCCUCUCAGAAGGAGAAGAUCUUUGCCAUCACCCAGGGACGAGCAGAGGUCCUUGCCGAAGCUGUUCCGAGUGCUGAGCAGGUUGCCCCAGGGAGAUGGAGUGAAGGACAGAAUGGGAGCGCCAAUGAGGAAGAGCUCAGCUCAGCAGGUGAUUUGGAUCGUGAAGAGACCAGUGAGAAAGUUCCACCCAAGGACGCCUGUCUAAGUCACCCACUCAACGCCUCUUGUAUCCUGGGCCCAGAUCCAGAGAGUGUCCCGUAUGGCAGCAGUGGGGAUCUUGGGAGCAGCAUUGCUUCUGAGAAGAAAAAGCUUAUGCUUGACAUGUUCUUUGCCCAUAAGAGCCCAUCAGGCACGGAGAGGAAGCUGCUUUUCCCAGCAGAGGUGUGCUUGGAAGAAACAGGGAAGAAGGCUAGGCAGGAAGAGCAAGGCCAGGAGAGAACAGGGCAACAGACUGACUUCUGGGCCCUCCCCUUGCGGAGCCAGUCCAGUUUUGAAGCUGAAGCCAGCCUGAAGAGUCUGGACAGGACCCAGGUGAUGGGGAGUCCGCUGGAGCUUGAUUCUAAACUUCUGAAGAUUAGAGAUCUUGACUUCUCAGACCUGGGUGAGGAGGAGGAUUUUGAUGUACAAGAAACAAAAGUGGCUGAGGUGGCCUCACCCCAUGUGGCUUUGAGAGCAGUUGAGGACUUGGCUCCUCCCCUGAUUCCUGGUUGCCCCACUCCUCCCCCCCCACCUCCUCCAGCUCCUCCUCCCCCAGUUGGUAUACCUGGUCCGCCUCCUCCCCCCCCAUUCAGCAGUCCCCUUCUUGGGGGAGAAGCCAGCUCCCCUGCAAAAAAAAAGACCAUCAAGCUCUUUUGGAGGGAGCUGAAAGACAUAGAUGGCUCUGCCAGAGAAAGUCGGUUUGGGCAGACCGCUCUGUGGGCAUCCCUGGAGAAGGUCGAGAUUGACCCUGCCAAGCUGGAACAUCUCUUUGAGUCCAAGGCAAAGGAGGUGCCAAGUUCUAAGAAAGCUGUGGAUGGAAGAAAGCUGAUUGUGGUCCUGGAUCCCAAGCGGAGCAAUGCCAUUAAUAUUGGCUUAACGGUGCUGCCUCCCACCCAUGUCAUCAAGAUGGCCAUUCUCAGCUUUGAUGAGUUUGCCAUUAACAAGGAAGGGAUUGAGAAAAUACUGACAAUGGUUCCAACAGAGGAAGAGAAGCAGAAGAUCCAGGAGGCACAACUGGCAAAUCCGAAUCUCCCUCUGGGGUCAGCUGAGCAGUUCCUCCUCACGCUCUCCUCGAUCACAGAGCUCACUGCUCGGCUCCAGUUGUGGGCAUUCAAGCUGGACUAUGAAGCCCUGGAGCAGGAAAUUGUAGAGCCUCUGUUUGACCUGAAGCUUGGGAUGGAGCAACUAGCCAAAAACCAGACUUUCAGGUGUAUUCUUGCCACCCUUCUAGCCAUGGGCAACUUCCUGAAUGGAUCCCAGAGUCGAGGGUUUGAGCUCAGCUACCUGGCCAAAGUGUCAGAGGUAAAAGACACAGUCCACCGGCAGAGCCUCUUACACCACCUGUGCCACUUUGUGGUGGUGACGUUCCCAGCCACCACAGACCUCUACUCAGAGAUUGCUGCCCUCACUCGCUGUGCAAAGGUUGAUUUCGAGGAGCUGGCAGAAAGUCUCCUGCAGCUGGAGCGGCGGUGCAAAGCUUCCUGGGAGAACCUGAAGGCCAUUGCAAAACAUGAUUGCAAGCCAGCUCUAAAGAACAAACUGAUGGAUUUUCUGCAGACCAGCAUGCAAAAGAUUGGUAUCCUCAAGGUUGUCCACCGGCGGGUGUUGAACAGGUUCCACUCCUUUCUCCUGUUCCUGGGCUACAACUUACACUCGGUGCAGAACAUGAAGGUUACCAGCUUCUGCCAGCUCCUGCGGGAGUUUGCCCUGGAGUACCACACGUGCCGAGAGCGCGUCCUGCAACAGCAGAAGAAGCGGGCAGUGUGUCGGGAGAGGAACAAGACACGGGGCAGGAUGAUUACUGAGAUGGAGAGGUUUGCUGCCAUCAGCAAGACGGAGGACAGCUCUGCCCCUGCCGUGCUCUCUGCCAGCCCAGAGCAAAAGGAUGAAGCUAGCCAUAAGGACAUGACCAGCUUGCUGGUCUCCCCAGCAGAAGCCCCUGGCCACCGCUCCCGGGCCAGCAGAGGUGUCGGGAAGCAGAGUCCCACCGGAGGGCCUGCCCCCCAGGAGGAAGCCACUGGCUCUUCCGAGGAUGCUUCUGAGGAGAUCAUGGACCGCCUGGUCAAGUCUGUGACCCAGAGCUCUCCUGCACGGUCAGGCACAGGGAAGGAGCGCAGGCGUUCACGGAUGAACAGGAAGUCCCUGAGGCGGACCCUGAAGAGUGGCCUGAGUGACGAGCUGGUGCAGGCCCUGGGCCUGGCGCAGGCGGCCGGUGUGGCUGUGUGACGACGCAGGAGGAGCCUCCUGAGGCCGCGUGCUGCGCCUGAGUGGGAGGGGCUCUUCCUUUCGGGAGGCUGCCUCCCUUUGCCCAGCAGGGCCCAGACGGCAGGUUCCCUGAAGACACCUCCUCCCUGCCGGGGUGAAGGCCAGAGCCCCGCUUGCCCGUCUCGCCUCAAGGAGGGCCGGUGAUGAGCAAGCCUGCUUUGGCCCGGGGGCAUUUGCGCAGAUGCUUCUGCUCAGGGCUGGAGAGCUGAUGACUCUUGUUCCACCAUCUUCCCAUGGGGUGAGCUGCUGUCCACCCGCCUGCGUCCUGCAGUGGGGAAGUUUUUCUGCCACCGCCACGUCUCACGCUGCCAGCAGCCACCUCCAAAGUCCCGGAAGGAGAAGGCUCUUUCUGCCCCAGCCCCGCUGCUGCUGCUGCCACCGCCGCCACCUCUCCAAAAGGGAGGCUCCCGCCCCAGGGGAGAGCCCCCACUCGCUCUGGAUGGUGAGCAGACUGGAAGCGUUGCGGUCGCCGAGGGCUCCUUGUCUGUUGCUGGAGUUCAGUUAGAAAUGUGAAGUAAAAGCUGUUAUGUGAGUCUGA